AAAACGAUAUAAAUCAUCCUUUUUAAAAAGCUUAAAUAUGUAAAAAAAGAUGCACGCACACAUAUAAGCUAGAGACACACUCGAGAGAAAGAAGAAGAGUCACCGUGAUCACCACCAUCACCGACACCGUCCGAUCAAAAUCAAACCAUGUCAACGGCUCUGAUCAACUCUCUCACAUACUACCUCUCAGAGCAUCCAUACAUCGUCGGGUUCCGUUGGAGCAACAGCCAAUCAUGGGGCUCCACGUGGUCUUUCCUCUUCACCUCAAUAUCUCUCUACAUCGCCGUCUCCUCCACCCUCCACAUCAUCCUCUCCGCCGUACUCCGCCGUAACCGGUCCGUUCCUUUAGGCCACAUCCCCGAACUCCACAGCCUUCUCAUGUCACUUCUCUCCGCCACCAUUUUCGCCGGAAUUCUCCUCUCAGCCGCCGCGGAGAUCCGUGAUACACGGUGGUUCUGGCGGCGGAGCAAAACCGCCACUCCUCUCCAGUGGCUUCUCUGCUUCCCUCUCGGGACUCGUCCCUCCGGUCGUGUCUUCUUUUGGUCAUACGCGUUUUACCUCACACGUUUCCUCCACAUGUUUCGUACGAUCUUCGCCGUUUUGCGUCGCCGGAGACUCGCCGUGUCACAGCUCUUCUGCAACUCCGCCAUGGCCUUCACGUCGUUCCUCUGGCUCGAAUUCUCGCAGUCGUACCAGAUUCUAGCGAUUUUAUCGACGACGCUGGUUUACUCGGUGGUUUACGGGUACAGAUUCUGGACCGGGUUUGGUUUACCCGGUUUGGCUUUCCCUUCGUUUGUGGUGAAUUGUCAGUUGGUUCUCGUGGGNUGCAAUCUCGUGUCUCACGCUGGGGUUCUUACGAUGCACCUCUUUAAAGGUGGAUGCAAUGGGAUCGGCGCGUGGGGUUUAAACUCGGUUCUCAACGGUGCGAUUUUGUUGCUUUUCCUCAACUUUUAUUUGAGAAUGCAUUCUCCUAUGCGACGCCGUAUCAACAACACUUCGCCGGAGAUUGAAUUACCAGCCAACGUAACGGAGAAGAAUCUCAUCAUGGGUUGAUGAUCCUUUAGAUACUCAACAAAGCAAACCAAAUCCAAUUUUUUUCUUUUACUUGGAAAAUUGAUAACUUGAUCUAAUUAUCUCCGUCUCCUUAAUCUAGUUUUGUGUAUUAUUAAUUUACUCUAGUAUGGUGUACACCUAGUAGUAAAUUAAUUGAUUAUAGACCACUUUUUUAA